AUGGUGUUUGUUGAGGGAUCAAAAGAAUCCAUUGAAGGUGCUAUUGAGGUGUUUAAUGACUUUGCGGUAUGGUCAGGUUUGAAGAUCAGCAUUGAGACAAUCUAUAUGGCUGGUGUCUCUGCAGAAGAGAGGACAAGAAUAUUAUCAAACUUUCUCCUAGCAGAAGGAGCUCUCCCUGUGAGGUACUUAGGUCUCCCGCUCAUGACUCAGGCUAUGAGAAAGCAAGAUUAUCAGCCUCUAGAAGAGAAAAUAAGAGGUAGGAUCAACACUUGGACCACUCAUUUCCUAUAUUACGCAGACCGGCUGUUGCUGAUCAAAGCUGUCCUCAUGAGUAUUGUUAAUUUCUGGUCUGCUGCAUUUAGACUUUCGAGUCAGUGUACUAAAGAAGUAGAGCAACUUUGUUCAGCAUUUCUGUGGACUGGUCCUAAUCUUAAUUCUACUGGAGCUAAGGUUGCGUGGACUGAAGUCUGUAAGGAAAAAGAAGAAGGUGGUUUGGGACUAAGGCCUCUUAGAGAAGUAAACAAAGUUAGUGGUUUGAAGCUUAUUUGGAGACUGUUGAAUGGGAAUUCGUUGUGGAGCAAAUGGGUGAAGGUUAACCUGUUGAAGAAGAAGAGUUUUUGGGAAGUAAAAACUGAUAUGCAAACAGGAUCAUGGAUGUGGAGAAAAUUGCUCAAGCUCAGCACUACAAGAAAACAUCGUGAGGCUCAAGUGUUUGUGGGUAUCAGCGAUAACAAAAAAUGCAAAACAUUAUGCAAAAUCGCUGGAGAAACCGAGUAUAUUGAGGUGUUGGAUGCGUACGAGAGAGGGGACAAGUUCUAUCUCUACACUGGAAGAGGACCUUCUUCGGAAGCUUUGCAUUUAGGGCAUUUGAUUCCUUUCAUGUUUACCAAAUACUUGCAAGAGGCUUUCAAGGUUCCUCUGGUUAUACAGCUAACGGAUGAUGAGAAAUGCAUGUGGAAGAACUUGUCCGUUGAGGAAAGUCAGAGACUUGCUAGAGAAAAUGCUAAAGAUAUCAUUGCUUGUGGGUUUGAUGUCACAAAGACUUUCAUUUUCUCAGACUUUGACUAUGUUGGCGGUGCUUUCUAUAAGAACAUGCUGAAGGUUGCAAAGUGUGUAACACUUAAUAAGGCUAUGGGAAUCUUUGGCUUUUCUGGCGAAGAUCAUAUUGGAAAACUCAGUUUCCCUCCUGUGCAGGCAGUUCCAUCAUUUCCUAGCUCAUUCCCACACUUGUUCCCUGGCAAGGACAAGCUCCGUUGCUUGAUCCCUUGUGCAAUUGACCAG